AUGGCUCGUGUUGGCGACGUUACAAGGAUAUGGGAAAUCAACAUCCACUGGCCCAUGUACAGUCAGUGUAGUAUCUGGGAUGGCAAAGGCGUAGAAAUCUGGGAAUGCGUAGUAGAUCAUCUCUCCAAGUCAAACACACGUCCUCCAAAUCCCAUGUACUGGAGAUACCUCGCUCGCAGGUGA